CUCUGACUGCAACAAGCCUUGCCUCAGCCACACAAGAAGCCUUGCUCCAGGUGGAAGCCCCCUGGCCUCCCCUCCAGGUGGCUCUACAGGGUUGCCUCCCCCCCCUUCAAUCCCCUUUUAGGCGAAGAAAAGCCUGCGUUUUCCCCUCCUCCUCCUUUUGGUUAAAAAAGGGAGGGCUUCACAGCAGGAAAUAAGAAAUCUGCCUUCUUGCCAUGGGCGCUGACUAAAGCAGGGAGGAAGAGGCAGAAGGAGAAGCAGCAGCAACCAGGAAAAAAGGAGGAGGAGGAGAAGAGGCUGCCUCCCUCCCUUCCUUCCCAGCUCCUCCAUCGCCGCCUCUGCUUUCCAAACCUGCAGCCCCCCUCAAACUUUGAGCCUCUCUGGCGGGGCCCCGGAGGAGUCUCGACUCGACAUAAAUGGUGGAGGCGAUAGUGGAGUUUGACUACAAGGCUCAGCAUGAUGAUGAGCUGACAAUCAGUAUAGGUGACAUAAUCACCAAUAUCAGGAAAGAAGAUGGAGGCUGGUGGGAAGGACAGCUCAAAGGCAGAAGAGGUUUGUUCCCUGACAACUUUGUAAGAGAAAUAAAAAAAGAUGUGAAAAAAGAAACUCUUGUCAGCAAAGCACCAGAAAAGUCUAUACAUGAAGUUUCCAAUGGAAGUCCUUUACUGUUGUCUGAGACAAUUAUUAGAACCUCUAAAAAAGGUGAGCGAAAUAGACGAAGAAGAUGUCAGGUGGCUUUCAGCUACAUGCCUCAGAAUGAAGAUGAAUUGGAGUUAAAAGUUGGAGAUAUCAUUGAGGUUGUGGGAGAAGUGGAAGAGGGUUGGUGGGAAGGAGUUCUAAAUGGGAAGACUGGCAUGUUUCCUUCCAACUUCAUCAAGGAACUUUCUGCUAAUGAAGCUCGAACUGCAGAGGAGCAACUCAUAAAACCAAGAAAGUCUGCCUUUGAAGGGGCAAUUCUGUAUAAGGUGGCACCAACAAAGAUUGACAGCUACAGACGAUAUAACAGUUUAAGAGAUGCUACAGGCUCUGAAAGUGAUGGUGGUGAUUCCAGCAGUACGAAAUCAGAAGGAGCCAAUGGAUCAGCAACAAUUCAACCCAAAAAAAUUAAGGGGAUUGGCUUUGGUGACAUUUUCAAGGACAAACCUAUAAAGUUACGACCAAGGUCAAUAGAAGUAGAUAAUGAUUUUCUGCCAGUUGAGAAGGCGGUUGGGAAAAAAAUACCCACAGCUACAACAAUUCAGGAACCAGCAAAAAUAGAAGUGGACAAUAGAACAAAGGUAAAGGAAUAUUGCAAAGUUAUAUUCCCAUAUGAAGCUCAGAAUGAAGACGAGCUGACAAUCAAAGAAGGUGAUAUUGUUACUCUUCUCAAUAAGGAGUGCAUUGAUGCUGGCUGGUGGGAAGGAGAGCUCAAUGGUAGAAGAGGAGUAUUUCCUGAUAACUUUGUAAAACUACUUCUUUCUGAUUUUGAAAAAGAGAGACCCAAGAAACCACCCCCUCCAUCAGCAUCUGCCUUCAAACAAGGAUCAGCUACAACAGAUCGAAAGCAUGAAAUCAAAAAGGUACCUCCUGAGAGACCAGAAUGUCUUCCUCAUCGAACAGAAGAGAAAGAAAGACCAGACAGAGAGCAAAAACUAUUAGAUUUACAGAAGCCUUCUGUUCCUGCUAUACCACCGAAGAAACCUCGACCACCAAAAACAAACUCCUUGAACAGACCUGGUACGUUGCCUCCAAGAAGACCAGAAAGACCAAUUGUGCCUAUGACCCAUACAAGGAGUGAUAUCCCAAAAGUUGACCUAGUGGGCUGUACAUUGUCCAGCACCUUAGAAAAGGACUCUACAGAAAGAAGCAAUGACAUUGAUCUGGAAGGGUUUGAUUCCGUAAUACCAGUUGCUGAAAAACUUAGCCACCCAACAACUACCAGACCAAAAGCUACUGGCAGAAGACCUCCCUCACAGUCAUUCACAUCUUCCUCACUUUCAAGUCCUGAUUUUUUUGAUUCACCAAGUCCUGAAGAUGAGAAGGAAGAGCAUGCUUCCCUUCCACCCAAAGUAGCUGAGCCAUUAAAGAAAGCUAAGACUGUUACAAUAUCACUAGUAUCUGAUAACAAAGCUACAUUGCCUGCCAAGCCUGGAGGUUUAACAAGUGGAAGUAAUCUUCCAUCUUCAUUAUCAUCCUCAUCCGCACUUCAUCCAGUUACAGCAGGAACAACAGGUCAUAGGUCAAACUCCCCAUCUUUGUUCAUUACUGAAGGAAAGCCAAAGACUGAUCACUCCAGCCAAGGUGAAGCAGCAUUGGAAGAGCUGAGGACACAGGUUAAGGAGCUACGAACUAUCAUUGAAACUAUGAAAGACCAACAGAAAAAAGAGAUUAAACAAUUGCUUUCAGAAUUAGAUGAAGAAAAAAAGAUCCGUCUGCGACUACAGAUGGAGGUAAACGAUAUAAAGAAAGCUCUUCAAUCAAAGUGAAAAUUGGAUAGGUGGAAUGUUGUAUUGUUCAUCGUGACCGAGACUUUAUGCCCCAGACAAAAUAACUUUGUGCCAAAUGAUUAAAGAUCUGCCUACAUCCCUUUGUUUGAACAACUAGCACAAGAGUUUGAAUAGCACAACACAAAUUCCAGUGAAGAGAGGAAAUUUCCAUGUGACACACUUGCUCAGCUAUCACACUGGUUGUGACUGAAAUUGUUUUUACUGUGCUAAAAUAUCUUCUCUACUUCAAGUUCACAGGCAAAUUGACAACUCAGGCAGUUUAGUUCAUAGUGGUACUAUUUUAAUGAUAUUUUCCAUAAGUAAAAUGUACUUCAGGUUUUAUCAGUUUACAAGUUUUAUGAUUUUGACUUUUUAAAUUGUCUUUUGUCACACAGAUUCUUAAAAUGUUUGUAUAGCAUAUAGCCAGAAAUGAAUGUUGAUAUUUGGGUAAGGGGUUGGUUUGUUUGGUCUUUAUGCUUUCACUCCUUUCUCUCUCCCUCUCUCUCUCUCUCUCUCUCCCUCCCUCCCUCCCUCUCUUUCUCUCGCUACACAUAGAGCAUCUUAAUUUGUGUUAUUUUAAAUACUAUUACAUAUGCAAUCUUAUGCCCAAAAAUUAUCUACAAGAUGAAUCUUAAGUUUGUGUACAAAUAGUUUACUUAAAAAGGAAAAAAAAAACAUGAAAAGAAAUCUGGUCUUUGCAAUGAUUUGUGCCUUCUUUUGCCAAACACUGAUUGACGCUGGUGUGGGCCAGAUCUUAGAAAUGUAGCUAUCACAAUGAGGCCUACCAGUCCACUAGAGGUCACUCUUUCAGCAUAUUAACUGCUUGCUCUUAAGAUACUCGGUAUCUCGUGUGUGUGUGUGUAUGUAUGUGUGUGUGUGUGUCUAAGGUGGUAUAAUGACCACAACAGGUCAAGGCAGCUUUAUUUCAACAGCUGUAGCUUUAUAAAAUUAUUACUCAACUGAGAAUUCCCUUCUGCUUGAUUUCAUUCAAACUUUUAAAACACCUACCUGCUUUUAUCUCCCAAUUUGCACAUCUAGGGUGAACAGAAUUUGCAUAACCUAAGAGUAACCAUAAAUAAAAUAUAAAUCAAUGAGAGAGAGAGAGAGAGUUGUAUUAUUUCAUGGCACAGAAUAUUGUGCAAUAUUAACCCGGUGUUUAAUGUCAAUUGCCACAUUAUUGUUGAGCUUGCUACUUUGGGGAAAUGAAUGAUUUUGUUUAGUGAUACCCAGCAGCACAGUUUUCUUUCCUAGGAUUACAUAAAAAGCAGUGUUUACUUAAUCUAUUUAUGGGUUGUGAGAAUUUUAGCUUUUGAAAGUGAUGGAGUGAAUGUGCGUGUUUGCAUAUGCAUGUGUAAUCUCUGAAAAUAGCUCAUGACAAAAACUGUAGGUGGGUGUCCUGUUUUCAUAACAGGUGAUACUAACAUGGCAGUCCUAUACAUGUCUACUGCAAAUUUCUAUUAAGUUCAAUGGAAUUUACUUAUGAAUGUAUGUAUGGGAUUGCGGUCUGAGGGUGAAACCCUAUAUAAAUUUACUAGGGAAUAAAUCCCACUGACUACAGUGGAACUUAACUUUAAGGAUUACACUGUUUGUCUCCUUGAGAAAAAUUAGGCAUAUGUGCUGUUGAAAUGUCCACCUUUUGCUGUGUUUUGGCACUGCUGUGAUCAGAGCUGUGAAGUUUACAUUAGAUAUCACACAGUAAAUCUGUUUUAUCAUAUCAGCAUUUACCCCACAACUUCAUGAUUCCAGUCCAGGAUUGUUAAAUUCUGAUUCUAUAGACUGAAGGACUUACAGCAUGGUGGUAGCCUCUAUAAAUUUUAUUAUGAAGCAGAAAUGUAUUCAAAUUUACAUACCAAAAUGGAACAAAAUGUUGUAUUCAGUGAUGCAUCAGAAUACUUACAUUAAGUCUGUGUCUCAUUUGUUAUCUUUAGCACAAGCAGUAAUUAUAAACAUUUGUCACUGUGAUACCUCUGGAUCUUAAAACAGCAUUAUUAUGUUAAUGUUACCAAACCCAUCUUGGCAUGUAUCUUUUACAUAGUGCUUUAAGAGCAAAGGUACAUCGUGGAUUCCUUGAUCUUCACAACAUCCAUGUGUUUGAUAGCUUCUGUAGGUCAGUAGUAUGAGAUAUCAUUUUACAGAAGGAGCUCUUUAACUUGGUCCCAAGAGUCCUAAAAUGCUGAGGGCAUUGUGCGGCAAUUAAUAUGAUUAUGCAGCUUCCAUGAUACUGCGACAUAUAUACUGAUCUAAGUGCUUGGGAGUGGGCAAAGGCUAAUAGAAAUUUUAGAUGUGCACUUGAAAUGCUAGCAGUCUGUGGAGUUUGGCAUAUGGGCAAGACUACAGUGUCAUGCCAUUUUGAAUGUUUUCCUGGAAAUAGGUGUGUUCAGUAUGCACAUUUAUUGUACACUGAGGGGUCCCUGUCUUGUAGAAGCAGUGGUAAUCAACAUGGCAAGGAAGUAAAUAUGCAAAUUUGCCAGGAGAAGAGCUGCUUUGAGUUACUUAUAGUAUGUCAAUUCAUUCAUUAUUAUUGCAGUAUAAGCAGUUUCCACAUGGCUGUAUCAGACAUUGAUUGGAUCACAAUGGAUUAGCCAAAUCUUAUAUCGGGUCAAAUAAUUGUAUUUCCCCCAUUCAUGCCCACAUCACUUCUCCUAGGUCCUGGAGGAACUGGCAAGGGAUGUGAUAACAGCUGGUCAUAGUUCGAGUAUAGAGAUGUUGCCAGUCCAAGGUGGGACCUGAUCAUGUUGGUGUGAUUUGCAUGCCUCAAAGAGUAUUUGGGCUUAAAUCUAGAAGUGAAAGUUGGCUCUGAACCAGGGUUUCCUACUGAGUCUUUGCAGUUCUCUUAAAAGUUUCCUAGCAAUAAAGAUUUAUAGCUACUAACUUCAAAAAUAAGAGAAUUCAACAGAUGGACAAGUGUGCUUCUAAUUUAUAUAUAUAAAUAAGUAAAUAUAUAUAUUUGAAACUUGGAGUUACAGGAUAGCAUUGUAGAUUACCGAUUCCACUCACUUGAAGAUCUAACUGUAAAUAAUUACAGUGUGAAUUUGAAGACAGAGGGCCUUGAAAUAUAAGACAUAAUUCUAAAAUGUUAUUUUGAAAAGGAAAAAAAAAUAUCUGAGUUAUGCAUUAACUGACCUGAAAUCAGGGUCUCUUAAUUUCUUUUUCUCCUCCUGUUCUGAUGGUAAAUUGUCAUUUUAUAAAACUGUAUUGAGGAGUCCAACAUAUUGUGAUUUUAAAAUAAUAUUAAAUGAAAUUUUGUGAAAA